UGUGAGUCUCCUCAGUGCCGGCUCCUUCCCACCAACGCCAGACUCUAUGGGACCCCAUGGCCUCCUUCCCUGACAGUCUCUGUGCUGCGGACACUUCCCUGCCCGGCUGAGGGCAAUGCGCCUCCCUUAAUAACCUCGCCGAGCAACACCUUCAUGCAGGAUUUUUCUGGGAUCUUAAGUGAUGGAUCCUAGGCAUAAGGAACUACUCAGAAGGCAGCGCCUAGAGCUCUGUGCUGAGGGCCUUGCAGAAGGACUGGUCCCACAGUAUCUACUACAAGAAGGAAUCAUCACAGAAAGCCAAUUAGAGGAAGUCAACUCUCAAGUCACCAGCCACAGACGAGCCAUGAAGCUUCUAGACAUUCUUCCUACCCGUGGGCCAAGAGCGUUUGAGGUUUUCCUGGAUUCCUUAAGUGAAUUUCCGUGGAUGCGUGAGAACUUGAUAAAACUUAGUCAAGAUGGUGUAGACAUUCCAGGAGGAAGGACGCCGGAGUUGCCAUCUAAAUUCCAUCACAGCUGUCCAACUGAAAAGCAAUUGAACCUCCUGGCAGGGAAGUUGGGGCCAGAGUGGGAGCAGAUACUUGUGCAUCUUGGCUUGGACCACAAUGACCUGUACAGGUGUAAGGAACAGAAUCGUUAUAAUCUUCAGUCACAAAUCGUGGAAGGUUUUGUGAAGUGGAAACAGCGGAUGGGAAGCAAAGCCACAAUGUUGCAGCUAUGGCAAGCGCUACAAGCAGCAGAGGCAGAUUUGUCCGUAAUGCAGCAAAUCCUACAGUGAUAUUUGGGAACUAAUGCUUAUCUAAUCAAACUAUAGGCAAAAUGUGCCUGUAACCCACAGCUAUUAGUCUGCUUUAACUGAACUAAACCACUAAAUGCCAAUAGGCAUUACUAGGUUGUUCGGAGAAAACUUGGAUCAUGAUCAUAACCGUGUCUGUAAAAAUAAUAAUCACUCUUUCCCACUGAUACUUGUGUAAGAACAUAUUUGAAGGAUUACCCAUGCUCCUCUGUCUAUCUGUCUGUCUUCCUCAGGCAUAUGCAUCCCAUUGUUUAUACACUUUACAAAAGCUAGCAGGUGGUCAGUAAGUAGAUAGCAGUAGGUAAUAGGAACAAUGCCUUACAUUUACUCAUAACCUGUACAGAGAGAUAUUAUAAACCAAUGCAAGCUUAGGCAUUCCCCUGUACUAAGUUGAAAAUUGUCAUAGCAGCCCUUUGAAGUGACAGUAUAUGUCUAUAUACACCUCUGUGCAACAUGAUCACAUUAAAUAGAACUUGUGGUAAAA